AUUGCAGCCCGACACUGGUGGUUCCGUGCCGAAACUGAGUGUGUCCAUGAAGCCGCAAAAAAUUGCACCGAAGUUCACAGGUACCGUGCGCAUGCUUCUGCUCAAGAAGAUCCGUGGAGCCUUCUUGAACCCUCAAUUUCAGACGGAUGUAUGCAAGCCGCUGAAUCUCGACAACAUCAUCGACCAGGAGGUGCAAGUCCUUUCCGGUGGAGAACUGCAACGUGUGGCCAUCAUUCUCUGUCUCGGUGUCCCGGCAGAUGUUUACCUAAUCGACGAGCCUUCGGCAUACCUCGAUUCAGAGCAGCGUAUCAUUGCUGCCAAGGUCAUCAAGCGCUACAUCCUGCACUCCAGGCGAUCAGCAUUUGUUGUGGAGCACGACUUUGUCAUGGCAGUCUAUCUCGCCGAUCGAGUGAUUGUGUAUGAUGGUCAACCGGGUGUGGAAGCCACAGCAAACGAACCGCAGAGCCUGCUCUCGGGCAUGAAUCGCUUCUUGAAGACACUUGAUGUGACAUUCAGACGUGAUGAUACCACCCACAGACCGCGUAUCAACAAGAAGGACUCUCAAAAUGACCAGCAGCAAAAGGCAUCAGGUGACUACUUCUUCAUUGAAUAGAUUCCUGCUAGAGAUACAAAAGGCUGGCAACAUUUCGCCUAGCGCUUGAUCACGUAGAUAUCUCUCGACAUCAAUUGUGUCAUCGCCACUCAUAAGCAGGGAAGUGCGACGCAUCAACUGGCUUCAGCGAGAGCUGCUGAUAUAGUUCUGAAGCUUCGUGAAAAUACAUGCCACUAAUGUGCCCAGUGACAAGAGAGAGGCAGAUGUAGUAGAAGCCUUCAUAGGAAACACCUUCCAGA